AUGGGCGGAACAAACGGCCCGGGCUCGGAUCUUGGCAACGACGAAGCUUUAGCAGCGCCGUUGGGGAUUAGGCGGAAAGCAUGGGCAGACGACGACGACGAGAGCGAGGGGGAAGACGACGCGCACAGCACGCGGUCGCUGCCUUUGAAGAGCGGUGGCGGGGGGAAGUGGGGAGGGCGGAAGCAGAUGGGCGGAGCGGAGUCCGAAGCCGAAGGCGGAAUUGCGAAGGGGGAUUCACGCGCGCGGGCGCAGCAAUGGCGGGUAGCAGUGGUGGCGGCGGAUGACCACAUGGCGGCGGACCCCGCGCUGCUGCGCGAUUGGUUCAGCGUCUGCGGCAACACAAGGGCGCUCUCCGCGUAUCUGCAAAAGGCAGGCCGUCGGGGCUCGCCGCUGCGGCUGCGCGGCAUGACGAUAGGGCCGCAAGAGCGCGACGCGGCGCGCAACUUAGUGUCGAGCGCGCACUUCUCCUGGAUGCUGCAAUACGCCAUCGAUUACGCCAUCUGCCGCUGCGCCGCCGCCGCUGACUCACCGCUGGAUGUAUGCCACGUGGCGGAAGCAGCGCGGGUUCCAGAAACUGCGGAAAUGGGUAAAGGCACGGCGAGGCGCUCCGCGGCGGGGGACGAACAAGAGAGCGCGGCGGCGGGCAUAACGGGUUUCGCAGAGCACCGUGGAGCUAUUCCAGCGUCCGUUUCCGGGCGUUCCGCUGCGACGACCGGCACGAGCGCGCGGAACUCCUUAUCGUCUGCGCCAGAGGCUGGCGGACUGAUAGCCGCGGAAGAUUUCCCGCAACGAAGCGCGAACCUAUCCGACAACAUUCCCCUCUGUGACUCGCAAUACGAUUCGGAUCGGUCGGGUCCCCUGGACUCCGCGCGGGACGACGCUGGGUCGUCGCGUGCGAAGUCGUACAGGCGCUCUUCGACGCUGGGUGCGACGGAUCUUCACCGGAUCAUCUCCGCGACUGGCAGCAGACGGUUGCGCGGAAACACGGGCAGCGAUAAAGAGAGGAGCGGGAGCGGCAUGGAAAGGGCUGAUCGAGACAGGGUGAAAGAAGGGAUGGCAGAACACGAUGCUGGGAAAGGGAACCGGAAACGCACUGCCUGCACAGGGGGAGGCUCGGCUAGUGCCCUUUCAGGCUCUAAAACUUCCUCCUCUGAGUGCGUAGGUGCUACGCGCGUAGGAGGGUGGAACCAAAACUUUGAGUCGGGUGGUGGGACAAAAAAAACUGAUAUCGACGAGUCUGGUUUGAAGUCUCGGGUUGCAGGAGGUACAGCAGCAGCACGGAUGGAUGGAGGGUUGGGUGGAGCAGAAGCAGGCAAGGGUGCGUUUCAGAAUGUGCAGCAGCCGCAGCAGCAGCAGCAGAAGAAGGAUGGUGAUGGGAAGGUGAAUGUGAUUGUAGAGGGGGGAGUGGCACCUGAGGAUAUCUUCGGUUUCCUACGUGAUUCCAGACUGACAGCCACUGUGGCAAAAGAGGGGCCUUUUGGUGCACCUCAAAAGCCGUUUUGUUCCAACACAGCAGCCCAAACACCACAAGCAUUGCAGGCACCGCAAGCAGCACCGCAAGCAGCGCAAGCAGCUCAAGCUCCUCCGGCUUCUCAGCCACCUCAGGAGCCACAGGCACUGCAGGACCCUCCGGAUUUGUUUGAUUUCCUUCGUGAUCCACGGCUUAAGGCCACAAUGCCAAAAGGGGCCGGUGCAUGGAUUACCACUGCAGCAGCAGGAGCAGCAGGUGCAGCAGUAGCAGCAGCAGCAGCCCCAGCAGGAGCAGCAGCAGCUGCGCCUCUUUCCUCCGGGUCGUCCCUGCAAACCAACCUCCACCUGGACGUAUCUGGGGAAGGUGCUGCCAGUGUGGGACAGGAGUCAGCUGAGAGAGUCUCGCCUUUGGAGAGGAAUGGCAGAGGGAGCAGGCAGCACCAGGAGAGCCAAAUACUUUCCAACCCUGUUUGGAGGAGAGCAUCUGCUUUUACUGUCUCUGCUGCCUCCGCUCCCACCUCUCCUAGAGCAGCAACCAAACCUGCCCUGCUGUUUCAAAGCCUCACUCCUCCUACCCACCUGUCGGCUUCUCUGGGGAAAGGGGGUCAGGAGGGUGGCGAGGGGAUGAGGGAAGGCGUGCUGUGGGCGGAGGGGGAAAGGAAGGUUCGGGAGCAUGUAGAGAGCGGGUUUUUUCAGGGAAUGCAGCAGGUGCAGAGUGGAGAGCAGCAGCAGCAGCAGCAAGGGAGGAAGAAGGGGAUGGUUCGGUGUUUGUCGAUGGGACUUCCCAAAUUUGCGUCGUCUGUUCCACCCAUCUCCCGCCGCAAUACCUCCGAACGGCUCACCAAUGCUGCAGCUGCUGUUUCUGGUUCUAGUGUUAGCUAUCUUGCAGCCACCGCAUCUGACCGCCCUGCUGCUGAUGAUGCUGGUGCUUCUUUCACAGCUGCAGGUGCCCCUGCUCUUGCUGCUCCGCCUCCUGCUCCUGCUGCUGCUGCUGCUGCUGCUGCUGCUGUUGGCACAGGGGCUGGCUCAGCCACAGCAGGCCACAUAAGCCCAACAGGCCCAUCAGCACCACAGGAGCUCCAAAUGCGGCCAUUAGCAGCCCACAUGCGGGCGGCCAGCUUCAGCUCCCAGAGCAGCCUGAGCAUGAGGGAAUCACCUUUCACCACCACUCUUGCAGCCCGUGCUGGUGCGACAAACAGCCGUGACCCCAAAAGAGCGCUAGGCAAGAGCUCAAGCUAUGAGACAGGCUCAGCAGUUUCAAGCAGGGUUGUCAGGAUGCCCUUUGGGUCGCCUUCCGCUCACUCUGCAGUUGGCGCCGGGGUUUUCCAGAAAUUCACACACGAUGGCUUGAUGACCCCAUGUGAAGAUUCGUGCAUGGAGGAAGAUGUGUCGCCUCCACCCCUGCAGCCCUCCCCGUUUCUCGCCGCGAUCAUAUCCUCUUCCCAAGCUUCCUCCUCCUCUUCCCUUUCCCGUUCCCUAUCCUCUCUGAAGCCCCCUGCUCCGUCACUCACCAGUGCUUACCCUUCCUGGCAACUGGAGCAGUCUUCUUGCAAACUGUCGCGCUCCCAGUCAUCUAACUCUGUCGCUGCAGCGGCCCUCGUUUCCCCGUCGCCCCGCCUGCUGAUGCGGUCUCCAUCUGCUCUCUCUGCGAGGAGGAAAGCCCCGACCCCCCUCGCCCGCUGUCCCCUCCGCUCCCCUCUCCCACCCCUCGUUGCUCACCUCGUUCUCCCCCCCCAGUUCCCUUCACGUACCUCAGGUGCCUCAGGUGCGGCCGUAACUUCCUCUGUGGCUCUGGAGGAGGAGCUGAGGGCGCAGGGGGAGGGCGGAGAGGCUAUGGCGCAGGGGGAGGGCGGAGAGGCUAUGGCGCGGACUUGA